AUGACAAGGGGUGGCCCAGGAGCUGUCCCAGUUACUGAGAAAGGGAGGGCCCGGGCCCUGAGCAGCAGUGCCUCCCUUCCCCCGAGCCCAGGGGAGCCCAGCAGGCGAACAGGAGGAUCCUGUGGACAGGAAGGAAACACGUCUCCGGGUGGUGGUCAGGUGAAUGCGCCCGGGCAGGAGGCGGCCUUCAGGUUAAGUGCAGUGUUCGAUGCAGGCACGUCCCAGGAAGGGGUGUUUGAAGGCAGCGGGAUGAAGCGACUCAUAGAGCUGGCAGCGAAUGGGUUCUCCUGCACUGCCUUUGCCUUUGGACAAACAGGCUCUGGAAAGACCUACACGUUAAUGGGAUCCUUAGCCCAGAGCAAGGGCCAGCCAGCGACUCCCUACCUCGGGGGGCUGAUGCAAAGGGCCUUUGUGUGUCUCCUGGAGCAGACGCAGCCCUACAGACCCGGCCUCAUCCUCAGCGCCUCAUAUGUGGAGAUAUACAAUGAGCAGGUGAGAGACCUGCUGAGCCCAGGGCCACCCAGGCCCCUGCCCGUGCGAUGGAGUAAAACCAGGGGCUUCUACAUUGAGAACCUGCUCAUGGUGGAGUUUGGGAGCCUGGAGGCCAUCAUGGACCUGCUGCAGGAAGGCACCCGAAGGCGGCAGAGCGCCGCGCAUGCACUGAAUGGGCACUCGAGCCGCAGCCAUGCCCUGCUGACCAUCCGCAUCCACCGCAAGGCAGUGAGUCACUCGCGUCCCAGCAUGCGGGGCCUCGGGGGCAUGCUCUGCUUCGUGGACCUGGCUGGCAGCGAGAGGGUGAAGGACACCGGCUCGGCUGGGGAGCGCUUAGUGGAGGCCAGCAACAUCAACCGCAGUCUCCUGGCUCUGGGGCACUGCAUCUCUCUGCUGGUGGACCCCAGACAGAGGUGGAGUCACAUCCCGUACAGGGACAGCAAGCUCACCCGGCUGCUGGCCGAGUCCCUGGGCAGAUCCGGGAUCACGCUCAUGGUCGCCUGCAUCUCGCCCUCCUUGCACUGCCUCCCGGAGACACUGCGCACACUGCGCUUCGCCGGCAGGGCCAAGAAGGUCACCACCAAGCCUGUGGCACAAAGGAUUUCCCGGGAGAAGCUGCUGCGAAGUUUGGAGCAAGAAAUCCAGGCCCUGCGGGAGGAAAACCUCUCCCUGCGCCAGCAGCUGCAGCUGCCCAGGAUACUGGGUGGGAGCACAGCCACCCACACAGCCCCCACACAGCUGCCCGAGUACCAGGAAGAGAGCCAUGCCCCUGGGCAGAGAGGGGCCCCGAGGAGAGCACCCGGCUUGGCCAGGCGCAGCCUCUAUGGCCUCCUGCAGGAGUUUGUGCUGGAGAACGAGCAGCUUAGGAGGGAGCCGAUCCUGCUGACGAGCAGCCAAGCCCUCGCCAGGGAGGGGCAACGUGCACUGGCGCAGGAGCUGGCGAGGCACCUGGAGUCCCCCCCAGCCCUCAGCAGCUGGGGCCAGGCCCGACGCUCCCCCGAAACUGCCCCCGGCUCCUGCAGCAUCCAGGCCCGGCCCUGCCCCUGCCCUGCCCCCGGUGCAGCCCAGUGUGGCCACCUGCUCGUGGAGCUGCUGCCAUGGGAGGGGCUCACUGCCCAGAGCAGUUCCAGGUUCCAGGGGCCCAGCCAGGGCAGCCCAUGGGAGGAUCCGGCUCAGCCCUGGCCCCAGCAGCACCCUGUGGCUCCCUGGUUUCUCCAGGGGAAAAGGAGCCUGAGCCGAAGGAAGAGCUCUGCUGGCUCGUGUCUGCUCCUGAGAGACACCCAGCAGCAGGGCCCCAAGCCUCCCCCCAGCCUGGAGGGGCAGGUUGUGCCAUCAGCCCCUCCCUUGCCAGGCAGCAGCACAGGGCACCAAGCAGCAGGUGCUGACCCUGAGCUGCGGCUGGAGGAGGUGCUGGACUCACUGCAGGGGCAGCUCCAAUACUACAGCCUGUGGACCCAGGGCUCCGGCUGCACACGGGAUGCCCAGGAUUGA